GCACCAUCUAGACAGGUUAGCCUAAAUUUUUUACCUAUAAAAGACCGGCUGCUGUCCCGCCGUCAAAUUACCGCUGUGAUAGUCUUGUAAAAGGUUGUCUAGUUUUCUUUGACGUUCCUUCGCUGUGCACAAUGUCUUACCUCGCUGUUAUAAUCCUGGGUUUGGCGGCCUUCGUUGUCGCUGACCACCAUGAAGCGCACGGCAACGACCCCAAAGAAAUUGCCCCGGAUCCAGAGCACCCAUGGAUCGGCAAAUGGGAAUCGAUCGACGGACGUCAGGAGAACUUCGACAACCUCGUUGCCAAACUCGAUGCUCCUCAAUAUGGCGGAAACCAAAAAGUCUACCAUAAACUCUGGAAAGAGGGAGAUCACUUCCAUCACGGUCUGGCUGUUCCUGACAAGCAGCUGAAGAAGUUCGUCCAGUUCAAGUUCGGCGAAGAGCAGAGUCUGACCUUCAACAACACCGAAUUCAAAAUUACUUACUCUGAGAAAGACAAGGAUCUGCAUGUCGACGUUAAAAUCCCCGCCAAGGGCGUCACCAUCCACGACGUGUACCAUGUGGAAGGCGAAGAGCUGGUCAAAUCCUACACCGUCGGCGAUGUCAAGGCCAAGAAAUGGUUCAAGAAGGCCGUUUCCAAACCAGCCAAUGCCUAAAUCCAUUAUGGCACAGUCUCGGUUUCUCAACUAUGCAUUUCUUUCUCGUACUAGCUCUGUAAAUUUGUUUUGAUGUUUUGCUGGAAUUAUGUGUAAAGUUAUAUGAGAAUAACGCCAGUCCGAUGAUUUAAAAACAGAGAACAAUUUUUUUGUCCAGAGCCACAAAUCUGUGACGGUAUAUGAAUCCCAAAGAACAACGGAAUUGAAAUAUUGUUUCAAAAAUAAAAUAACAAGGAAAUUA